GUAUUAUUAGCUGUCAUUUAAGGCAGGGCGAAAAAUUCAAGAAAAUUAAAAAAACUUUGCAAAACUUGAAAACGAAAAUUAGAAAAAAAAAAGAAAAUUCUCAACAAAAGAUAGAAGGAGAACAAUUGUUUUUUCUCAAUUUUGCAUUGAGUAUAAAAUAAAAUUUAAAAAACUCAAAAUUGUGAAAAUGUGAUUGCAAAAUAUUCCUGUUUACCAAUCAAAAAAUUCGAAAGAACCGAGCCAAGAACAAAGGGAGAAACCUUCAACUUACAAAAAAAAAAAACCAAUGAGAAUAGUAUUUUUUUAUCGGAAAAAAUUUAACUUCCAUCACAAAAAAUAUCAGCCAAGUGCGUUUUAUUAUAUUUUUUUCUGAAUUUACUAUUUAAUCAAGUAAAUCAACACAGCAAUAUUUAUACAAAAAAUCAAUCAUCAUAAUCAAGCGAAAAAAAAGUAGAAAAAUAAUAAGAAAAACAACAAGUGAAUAUCGUUUGCAUGCAGUGAAGAAAAUGAUUCACAUCGCCAAUAGAUUUACCUAUAAAAUGAUUUGGAUCUAUUAAGCUCGUGUCAAAAGAGAGGCAUUUGGCAUCAGUCCUCAUAAAUUUAACAAAACUGUUAAAAAAAAAUAUUUUACAUUACUUUUACAUAAUUCAGCAGUUAUUUAAAAAGAUCAAUAUGUCAGCCCAGUUUUUAUUUAUUGUUUUAUGCUAUUGCUUGGCUCAAAUAUCAAAAGGGAAUAUUUUAGUCUAUCGAUACAAUUCGAAUCAGUUUUUACAAGAAUUUUAUUCAAUUCCUGCUCAAUUCGGUGCAGAGAUACCAUCGAAUGGCUUGAAUGUGUUCGGAUUAGCAGCCAGUGAUGAUCCUUUUGGUUGUUUACCACUGAAUGGUCCACCAAAGCAUAAAAGUAUUCCGAAAGCUCGUUAUGCUGUUAUUAUUCAAAGAGGGGCAAAUUGCACUUUUGAAACGAAAGUUCGUAAUGCCCAAGAUGCGGGAUGGGAUGCAGCUAUAAUUUAUAAUUCUGUAAAUGAUGACAAUUUGGAACCAAUGAGUGCGAAAAAUGCAACUGGUAUAGAUAUAGUAUCGGUAUUCGUUGCUUAUUCGACUGGUAUAAACCUUAAAAGUGCAUAUGCAAAUAUGGAAACGAGAUUGGUUAUAAACGACGAUCUGCCCUUCAAUAUCAAUACACAGUUAAUUCUGCCAUUUUCAAUAUUAAUUGGAUUGUGUUUUCUGAUAAUGAUAUUUUAUAUGAUAUACAAAUGUGUCAGAGAAGAACGGCGGCUUAGACUUCAUCGUUUGCCAAAAAAUAUGCUUAAGAAAAUUCCAAUUACUAAAUUUACGAAAGGCCAGCCAUACGAGAUGUGUGUCAUUUGCUUAGAUGAUUUUACCGAAGGUGAAAGACUUCGUGUAUUGCCUUGUGCUCAUGCAUAUCACAGCAAUUGCAUAGAUCCAUGGUUAACCAAAAAUAAACGUGUGUGUCCAAUAUGUAAACGGAAGGUUUUUGCGAAGGGCGAGACGAGAGCAAGUCGGAGACGGCAGUCUUCAUUGGAUAGUUUGACAGAUACAGACGAUGAUACGACACCUCUAUUACGUCAAGGCGAAAGUGGUAUAGCAACCAAUAAUCAUGGAACCUUUUCUGGAGGUCAAGAUGAUGAAGAAGCAGCAGGAACAACAGCUGCUACUGAUGGUGAUAUUAUGUCAUCUGAUGAUGAAAAUGUUCUACUGACCAACGAUUCACCCAGUCAUAGUUCGACCCGAGUCAAUCCUUUUGAUCGUCAACCAAAUUUACCACCUAAUCUGGAAGACAUGUUAAAUAGCAGACGUUCCGUUUGGGAUUAUCCGAUUAUGAGGCUUUUCCGCAGACGAACACCAAUUGCAAUUAGUAUAGCAGCGCCACCAAUGACUAUACGCGGAAGUUCGACAAUUCCACGUUCACGAUCAGAACCAAAUGCCCCCAUGAAUGUGCCAGAGACGUCUUCAGUUGCAGCUAGUAGUGGUGUUCGCGUUGGAUCACAACCAGCUUCAAAUAAUAUUUUAAAUCCAAAUCUGAGUGGUUCAUUUAAGGAUGACGAUGAAAUGGAAGCACACCAGAGUAUUUAUGAGCCGAUUUCAACCCAAACCCCGUCCGCUGCUGCAUCAACAUCAGACUUAAUGGGCAUUGUUAUAAUGGGUAGUAAUUCUAGACAAACUCAAGCUGAACAACAAAGUGGUCAACAAGAUUCCGUAUUCAUUCAAACUCCAUCUCAGGGUGGUAUUGGUGUAGUUGCUCUACCCAAUACAAAUCUCCGUAGUCCUUAUGUUCAGAAUCGUCAAUACUUUACUUGAAGUUAUGUUUAAAACAAUUAAAAAUUAAAAAAACAUAAGGAAAAUAACAAAAAAAAAAGGUGGGAUAAUAUUUCCCCAUUUCAUGUCCCUUCCAGCUUCCCCCAAACCCUUUUUAAAUGUGUUGUCGUAAAAAAAAGGAGAUAAAUUGUGAUUUAAGUUAGUAAUUGUUAUUGAUUUAUUAUUAUUACUAUGCUAAUAACUCAUGGAACCCUAAUCCAUAAUAUAUUCAAACUCUACAUAUUCUAUUAACAUAAACUUAUUGUGAGUUUAAAUUUAUUUUUAUUAUUUGAAUAACAUUUUAUGCUUUUAAGAUCUUGAUUAUUAUUUUCGUAUGUUAUUAUUAUUAUUAUAUUGAAGGUAUUUGCCAAGUAAAUAGAAAAAAAAUAAAACAAAAAUAGAAAAAUCAAAGUCUUAAUAAAAAUAUAUAACAAAAAUAAUCAAGACGCGGAAAACGUGUUUGUAAAAUAUUUUUUUAAAAUUUAAUUACAAAAAGUGUAUGAUUUGUAGAAAUAAAGUAGCAAAACAAAAAAAAAAACUCAUACAUAUAUAUUUGAAAUUGAAGUAGAUGACGUUAUGAUAUAAUAAUGUAAUUAAUCAUUGUAAAAUAUAUUUUAUCAUUACAAAGUAAAUAAAAAAAUACAAAAACAACAUCAAAUAAUAAAAGCGCGAUUAAUUUCAACCUUAAAAAAGCGCCAUUCCUGUUCGUUUCACAAAAAAAAAAGAAAAGGGAAAAGGAGCAAUUAUUUAUGUACUGUUAUAAAGUCACGAAACAAAAGCAUUGAGAAUGUAUUUUCUUAUUUUUUGUCUUGUUUAUGAUUGUAAUCAUAGUUUUAAUAAAAAAAAAUAUUAAACUGUA